UUUCAGCCUAGGACCCAACACUAAUAUUAUUCCUUCUUCCAUACACUACAUUGAUGUUAGAGAGGGAAAAUGUGGAAACUAAAAACCUAGACAAGAUGUUUGAUAUCACUCAAAUCUCUUUUAGUAGUGGACAAGGGGUUAGGUGUUUGAUCUGCACCUAAAUUUGGGUGUACUCCUAGCCCGGUGAUUACUUUUUAAAGAUUCCUACAUUUAAAAAUUCUCAGAUGAUCAUGCGAGUGAAAGUACACGGGAAUAAAAGGACUUGGCUUGUGGGAGGAAAGCCAAGGAGGUGGAAUGAAUCGCAUUCGAUCUGAGCCAUCCGUGCUGAGAUGAACGGCACUCGGAUCGGCCGCUCUGCACCCGAUCGACAGGAAGCUGCCAAGCAGCAUCCCUGGAUCCCAAAGAGCAGUGGAAGCACAGUUCAGGGGCCAGCGCCGCAACCGACAAAGUGUUCCAAUAAUGAUCUUGCUAAUCAAGACCCUCUGCACCCCACACAAGAAAAAAGAGAAGAUGAGGAAAGAAAAAAAAACAUCAUAAGAGACUCUCCCUUACUAGAAAGAAAGUUUUGUCUUCCAAUCAAGGGCAGAGCUGGAUCAAUGGGCUCGAAUCAUGGCUUACGAUAUCUUCAGGAACAAACCACCGCUAAUUAUUUGAUCAUUUGGAAAGUACUACAAUACACACCGCUAUUUGAAUGCAUCGGGUAUGUACGUACUCCCUUGAAUCAAAUUGACUUCAUAGCAUUUUGAAUAGAAAUUCCUCACAUUCGCCUAAUAAUUCAGAAUAUUUGCAUAGAAGAUUAUAUCAUGCAUGACACUUUAUGCACAAUGUUAUGAAUGCAAACUGAUUCAAGGGAUGCAUGCCGUAAGCAUCCCAACAUGGAUGCGUAUCGUCGCAUGCAUUUCUCUUUGAUCUUUCAUUUGAUUGAGACGACUCACGAUCGUUGGUGCAAAAUAAUGUUUAUCUUUACUUGAUUAUCUGUAGCUAUAUGUGGAAAAUUUGAAAGUUGAUAGGGUUCAAUUGUCUCUUCCUCUCCCUCUGACUAUGCCCUCAGUUGAAAGCAUGUACUUUUUUUCCUUUAAUCAAUACUGAAAGGAUGUACUUUAUGACUCUAAUCCGCACUACAACACUUAAAUGGGAGACAUUAGUUGUCGUGGAGGCCAGAGCAACUACAUGGCAAAAGUGGGUAGCUUGAUUGAUUGACUUGCGAAAUCUCUAGAGUAUCUAUCAUCAAUAUUAUAAAACAUAUAGCGAAAAAUGUCUAAGGAUACAAACGUUCGUAAUUUUGAAGCCGUUUGAUCAUCAAAGAUUGUGG